GAGAGAGAGAGAAAGAAAAUGAUGGACCGGGUGGUUAUAACCCUUAGUCAUCUCAAAGACCUCUGAUUGUUGUAUGGGGACUGCAGUCAUGAAGACCAACAUGCUGGUUUUUGUUUCUCUGUAUUUGCUGUUUGGUUGGACGCUUCCUCUAUGCACCCGUAAGAUCUCAGGUACCUUCAUUACACAAGAUGAUCAGUCCAUCCCCCUGGACAUGGUUGACAAUUCAGUUGAUGACAUGUACUCCACCUGCGCUACAAAGAUGGAAGCAAAGGUCAAGGGCACAUACUUCAAAAAGGAAAUGAGGGAGGACUUCAAAAACAUGUGGAGUCGAGCAGAAAAGUGUGCAAAGAAGAAAAUCAAAGAAAGAGAGAGAGGAGAUGAGGCUUUAACAAAAGAUCACCUGCAAGCAAUUUGUGCCUACACAGCUGGAGGGCCAGAAAACGCCUAUAAGACAUUCAACAAAGCAGUCCGGACCAACAGAGCACAGUACGGUUCGACCUUUCCGUUCCAUUCUUUACAUUUCUGGCUGACCAGAGCGAUACAGAUCCUCAAAACCAGUGACAGUAAAUGUCACACAACUUUCCGCAGAACCGAAUCCAAAUUCACUGGCGUUGUCAGCAAAGUGAUGCGGUUCGGCACUUUUACCUCCUCCUCCAACUCAUCAGCUCUGACGAGGUUUGGUAAGACUACAUGCUUUAAAAUUAGAACCUGCCACGGGGCUUAUUUGAAAAAAUACCCGAAGCUCGGAGACAGUGAGCAAGAGGUGCUCAUUCCACCUUAUGAGACGUUCAAAAUAAUCAGCAAAGAUAAACCCAUGAAACAACUUUCCGACUGUAAGACUGUUUACAUUCUGAAUAGCACCGGUGUCCAGAGCAAUCUGGACUGCCAAGUUAUAGAAUAAAUACUUUGAUUGUCACUCACUCUCUUUUAAACCCAUGAUUCUGUAACUAUGUAUUUUUUAUCUAAAUUUACACUUCUGGCAUUUUAAAACAAUGUUAUUCACAAAAAUCACAUAGAAGUGAAGGACUUAGAGUUGGGGUUUUUUGAUGCUGUGUAUUUAAUUUUUUUGUGAAUACACAGCAUCAUGACACCCAAAGGAAAAUCAGGUCCAGUUUAAAGUUGUGGGGAAGAUUAAGGAAGGGUUAUGAAGCUUUAACACAACAUCCUACAACCCUUGAACAUGUCAAAAGCGCUGUUUAAUCCAUCAUCUGGAAAAGGAAAGAGUUUUUAUUUACUGCAUGGGAAUAUAUUUUUCAGAAGACAGUCAUUUUUGACAUGUUUUACCAGCAAUAUUAUGUUUGUAAAGCCUGUAAAAUAAUGAAUACAUGAAAAAUGUUUAAGAAUCAUUCACGUUUUACUGCAUUCUGUAAGUUAAAUGAAUUGCCUUUUAGCUUUGAUAAACAGGUUUCAUAUUUUUGUACAGGUUUCCGCUUGAAUUAGUAAGGUGAAAAUAAAAGUUUGUUUUUUUCUGAAAAGUGUGUUCAACUCCUUGGGUAAGAACGUGGGAGCUGUACCGAAACGCUAGUAUCCAAGAAUAAUGGGUAAAAAUCGAAUUGGUGUCUCGAUUUGAAAAGCUGGUAGAGAGAAGAAGUGUUUUUAUCACGAAAUGAUAUAUAAAAAAACAAUUAAUGAUGAAAUUAAUACCUCGGUGACAAAAUAUUAAUAUUACUUUUACAUCCAAUGCCUUUUUUCUUUCCAACCACAUAUUGCGCAAACCUCAAUUUCUUGUAACUCCCCCCCUACCAUCACCCACCCAUUGCUCUCUCACACACAAAUAAAAAGUUUCCAUUGCGACUACUUUUUAGAAAACGUCGUGCACAGACAUUCUUCUGAAAUGACAUGGUUUCUCACAGGAAGUUAUGUUUUCACACCAUCUUUAGCAAAACCAAAAAAUAAGACCCGUUAAACUCAACAGCUGUGACACAGCCUUUCAUUCGAUUUUCCUCAUUCAAAUUUCUUAUUGUUUGCAUCGUUUUUAAUAGACUUCUAUGUUGUGAAACCCGUAAACAUUCUGAUAUGUGAAAGAGUGCAUUGCACAAGACACAAAAUAGGAAGCUGAGUUCUCUUAACUUUUACAAACAAUUGUGGCUGGCUCUGGUGAGCAUGGGAGCAAAAUGUGCUGACAAAACUUUUUUUUCUCUCUGCCUUUCUGAAAACUUGUGCAUACAAUGAGUAAUUUUUAUAGUCUCCUUGGACAUGCUGUUAAACUUCCUUUCAUUGCAUAUAUUUAAGGACAUGUAGAUACAGAUAUCAGUAGAUUCAGAUAUCUCGUGAAAUAUUUGAACCUACUGAAAGUAAAGUAGUGCAAUGUGACUCAAUGUAAUUUUCAAAAUGGCCUUUCAUUGACAAAGUGCUGCACUGAAUAAAUCCAAUUUAAAAACAGAACUAAAAUGCAGAAGUGUGAAUUUGAGUA